AUGGCGGGAGCUGCAGCCCCAGACCUGUCCAACGUGAAAAUCGCUCAAGAGAUCCUCGAAGCGGGCAAGAAGGCGUUCGAUCCUCAGUCGAGCCCAACCAGCCGUGAGGCUAGACUCCAACAAUACAACGACGUCAUCACAAAAACAGCGACCAUUGUUCUCUUGCCCACCCUGAAUGCGUUGAUCAAGCCCGAUGCGCUCCCGAAAUGGCUAAGAGAUCCUCUGUUGCAAACUCUUACCUUGCUCCCACUCAGGCCUGACGGAGUACGGGCGACAUUGGAGUUUGUUUUUGCGGUCCACCCGAGCAGCAAUGCGGCUGCGGACUCAGAAAGACCGCAGAAGAGCGGUGCCAGCAUCACACACGAGGCGGUGGCGCUGGCGACGAGGCUCCUGUCCUCUGUCCCAUCUUCUUUUACGCCCGAGGCAUGGUUUGAAGGUAUCGCCAGUCAGACAUUCGACUUGCUCGACGGAAAAGGGGGUCCAGAAUUGGCCAAGACCUUGGCACAGAUUGUCGGCUUCGGGAUCUUGGGGAAAAAACAGUUUGGCGCUCCAGGCGCACCUGGGUGGAACAUUUUUGUCCAGCCACUCCUGGAGCUCGUGAACCCAUCACUUGGGCCAGACGACGCGCAGAUCGACACUGCGGCGGGGACAAGCGAUGCUGAAGUGGUCGACCUCGCACUCAGCCGGUUAAAUGUUCUGGUACUCUCGAAUCCGUCUCCAGGACUAUGCAGGAGGGUUCUCAGACCGGUCAUCCUGCAACUCUGGGCCCUUUGCUCGUGGAUGAACGCGCCACGAGCAGCGGAACAGCGGUUCUCCAGCGUGGCGCGUGGCCUUGUGCGCACGCAUCUUAGACUUGCCGGGGCCUGCUCGAGCGACGAGGUCGCCGCAAUCUUUCUCCAUCUUCUUCGCCGGUGGAUUGCAUCUGCACAGAAGCCACUUGAUCUGGAAGUGCACAUCACGCCCCAAGGCCACGACGCAAAAUCCUCCAUCCAGGACUUAGUCGAAGUCACGUUGCUACAGAAGCUCAUGCAUGAAGCCCCUGGGAAGCUAGUCAAUCAGUUUCGCCAGCUUGUCGAUGUCAUUUGCCAAGUUCUCAAGGCCGAUGGCCGCUCAACCCUUGGAGAUGAUAUAGUCGCGGUCGCGUUGAGUCUUCUCAACUUGGUAAUCACCGCACCCAGCUUCCAGAAAUCCGAUUUCAAGCCAGAUGAGCUGGAGACCAUCGGAGAGGCUCUCGACAGAAUAGGCAACGGGGACCGACCGGAUGUUUCGACAACUGCGAGAAACCUCGAAAUGCUACUCAAAUAUCGCGAUGACUUGGAGACUGCGGAAAACUUCAGCUCUGUCCGCACCGCUCGUCAGGUAGAGGACCAAAAGACGUACAGCUUGGCUAUGAAUUACAUGACUGGGGAGCGCGACAAUCCGCCGCCGGUCAUAUCCGAGGGACUCAACUUGCUGUCCAACCUGAUUGUCGCCGAGAGCCCAAUAUUAGACAUCACAGCGGUUACGGUGCUUAUGGCCGACCUUUUGAAGGAGAACGAAGACUACAUCAAUCUCAGGGUGAUCAAGGUGUUUACGCAGCUGGCCAACAAGCACCCCAGGUCGACGGUGCAAGAGCUGCUCGACAACUACUUGGAUGCGAACGAGAAGGCAUCGACUGACACACGCCUUAGAUUCGGCGAAGCUUUGGUUCAGGUAAUAGAGCGACUGGGAGAAACGUUUUCCGACGAAGUCGCGAAGCAGGUAUGCGAGACGCUCUUGUCGAUUGCCGGCCGCCGAGGAUAUCGGCCGAAGACGAUGGCCGACCAGGCGAGACGGGAGAGAUUGCGCAACAUGAAGAAACAAAAAGGGGGCGACGACGCGGACCAACAUGACGAGAUAUCCGAUGAUGAGGCGAUGGCGGCGACAGAAGGAUCAAACAGGGACAUGAUGGCACAGAUCAUCCAGGGGUGGGAAAGCAAACGAGGAAGCGAGGAUGUGCGCAUGCGUGCGUCGUCGCUAUCCAUCCUUGGAAGCGCACUGGAGACCCAUAUUGUCGGGAUUGAGCCAACGAUAGUAUCCAGCGUCGUUGACCUCUGCGUCCAUGUGCUGGCCAUGGAGCGAGAGGUCGAGUACGGCAUCGUGCGACGAGCGGCAGUGCGGGCCAUCUUGAGCUUUGUCAAGGCUCUGGAUGAGGCACGAGAGUCGAACCGGACCCUUGGCUUUGGGCUUACGGAAGCGAGCCGGGCGGACAUACAGCGCACGCUCACAUACGUGGCGGAGACGGACAAUGAUGGACUCGUUCAGCAACAUGCGCGCGACGUGGUGGAGAGCCUGGGAAACUGGCGGGCGAGGAGUUUGUUGCCACAGCACGGUGACCGGGCUGCCCCGGGUCUGGGACGGCUGGCGGGCUUGCAAGUGAGUCUAGGUGGUGGCCCGGUUGAUGAGUCGGACCGUCGGCGCCCCAUGAUUGAAGAGGUAGAAUGA